AUGAUACCUAUUAGGAGGAAAGACUGCGUUGGCAGUGGCGCUAAAGCUAAUGUCCACAAAGCCAACGAAACCAUUGUUGUCAAAGUUCCUAAUUCUAGCACCAUCGCUGAGGGAAACAGCCCCUUUUCACAAGAAGCUAAAUUUUACAACCGCGUGCUCGGAGAAAAAGAGAGAUGCCCAGAUAUUGUCGAAUGCUUCAUUGCGUCAUCAGACUUCAUUUUCCUCUCAUAUUGCUGUAAUAAUACUCUAGCACACCGCUACUUCAAAUAUCAAGAACGGGAAAUACGUCCAAACGGUCGUCCGGGAAAACUAUUGAGUGUAAAGGAAUAUGAGGACCCUGCGCUUAUUGCCCGAUGGAUACAACAACUCACUUCCGCGCUUGCUUUCAUGGAAAAGUUGGGAUACACUCAUAACGACCUACACCCACGCAACUGCCUUCUUGAUGAAAACCUCAACCUGAAAUUGUCCGACUUUGACCAGGCUACUACUAUCGGGCAGUUUCUUGAGAGCCUGAUGGAGCCAUGGGCUAUUAAGCUUACAUCUGGCCCUCUAAGGAAUACUUAUGGCCUUACGUCCGCUCGCACUGAACAAUUUGCUAUUGGCACCUUCCUUUUCACAAUGGUAUAUGGCCACGAACCAUAUGAGGAUAUCCACCUUGAAGAAGACCCGAUAGAACUGAGACGGCGCUUUAGAGCUUUCGAUUUUCCAGAGCUCAACAGACAUGAGGUUUUUGACGAGUUCAUCUCUGCUUGUUGGCAUAAUGUAUAUCCAAAUAUGGCACUGGUCGCUUAUGAUAUCAAACGCAAGACUAAGGAUAUUGCUUCGCCUCCAAGAAACAAGGCUAUUGACCACCUAAAAGAGAAAAAUGCUUGUAUAGCCUUGCUUCAAGGUGGCUUACUUGGACCCGAGCAGGCUUUGUCAUAUCAACCAUACUGGCAAAGAUACCUACAUGCCGUUAUUGGGAGAUUUCUCUACCUUUGGAAAUGUUCAUUUAAUCUUCUAGGCACACUUUUCUGUAGAUAG